GCUACCCAGUACCGGGUCCAUGCGUUUCCUUCGUGGGGAUCCGCAGAGAGGGUGAGCACCCCUGCCCAAAGACCAGGGGCCGGCGGGGAGCAGACACGCCGCUCGCUCCCUGCGUCAACCGGGCGGCGCUGACGGUUGCCCGAGCGAUUCCACACCGAAUAAACAGAGCGGCAGGCAAGGGCUCACCGGCACUGCACCUAGUCCAGGAGCGGCGGGCGGGAGUUCACUAGGUCGGACUCAGUGAGAGCGGAUACGGUUCUCAUCGGGACCAGCCGCAGAAUAGGUGCGGUGGGCGGGGAUUCACCGCGGUAAGGCUCGGACCGGACUGGACCGGGAGUAGGAUCGUGGUGUGUGCAGCUGCCGCCGUCGAGGGAGCAGGGACGAUGGGAGCGGUGAUGGGGACAUUGUCCCUCCCGACCAGACAGAGAAGACGUUCCCGAGACAAAGUAGAAGAUGAACUGGAAAUAACCACAGUUUGCCAUCGGCCUGAAGGUCUCGGACAGCUGCAGGCACAGACCAACUUUACCAGGAGAGAGAUCCAGGUGCUGUACAGAGGAUUCAAGAAUGAAUGCCCCAGUGGUGUUGUUAACGAGGACACUUUCAAACAAAUCUACUCUCAGUUCUUCCCACAUGGAGAUGCCAGUAUGUAUGCCCACUACCUGUUCAAUGCAUUCGACAGUGCACACAAUGGAUCCAUCAAAUUCGAGGACUUUGUGAUGGCCCUUUCAGUGUUACUGAGAGGAACCGUUCAUGAGAAGCUGACAUGGAUAUUUAACCUAUAUGACAUUAACAAGGAUGGAUUCAUCAAUAAAGAGGAGAUGACAGACAUUGUGAGGGCCAUCUACGACAUGAUGGGGAAGUACACCUACCCUGUGCUGAAGGCCGAUGCUCCCAGGCAUCACGUGGAUGUCUUCUUUCAGAAAAUGGACCAAAACAAAGAUGGUGUGGUGACUCUGGAUGAAUUUAUAGAAUCCUGCCUACAGGAUGAAAACAUCAUGAGAUCCCUGCACCUCUUUGAAAAUGUCAUGUAGUCACUCAGAUGC